CAAGUUGUCGUUGUUGUUGCUUUGGCUUGAUGCUACGAGAUUUCGUACCAUAUUUAACAGGAAGUACGGUAGGGUUGCCAGCAUCAAUUGUGUUCGUGCAAUCAACUACAUUAGCGUUGGAGGGCUCGAMCAGAAGAAGGACAAGAGAAACUGUAUUCAUAGUUCGAAAAUGACCUCCAUGGCCGCCAGAAUUGCCGUCGCGGCAUCGGGAGCUGCCAGACGAAUUGGGUGAGUUUGAAGUUCGCUUUUAUUUUGGGCACUUCGUUCAGCAAUCGGCAACAGUUUCGCAUGCCGAUACUCUUGCAUAAUGAAUAACAAUGAGUCUAUGCCAGCUUGCGAUAAAAUCCAUUGUACCUAAAUUUGAGAUGAUGCUCAAGUUCUAAUCCCAUCACUACUUUUGUUCCGAUUUCGAUCUCGUUUCUACUCUUGUUUCACACUUGGACACAUCGCGUGCUCUCAAAUCUGUAUUAUCUUGAAUAAUUAGAGCCACUCUUGACACUAUGGGUGCUAACAUGGAAGUGGCAAAAUAUACGGAGCGAUUGGUCCCUUCGAGUCGGAUCGUUUCCGUUGAUGGUGUCGCCCCUGCUCUACCGGGAGCAAACAACUUUAUUGCUCCUUCGGCAUCUGUUAUUGGCAACGUUACCAUCGGUGAACACUCAAGGCAAGUUAGAUAUUUUGAUAGGAUGCGAUGCAAUUGUCAUGAUUAUUUGCUCUAACUGCUGUGAAAAUGAAUAUCAAUUUUUCUAAUGAAAAUAACAAUUGCUCUUCGUUUUUACGAUGUCUUUUCGUGUAUGAAUUUAUGGAUAUUUUAGCGUAUGGUAUGGAGCCACCGUCCGAGGAGACGUCAACAACGUCAAAAUUGGAACGAAAACAAGCAUAGGCGAUCGAGCGGUUGUGCAUGUUGCAAAAAUCCAGGGAGAUCACCCCACCGUGAUCGGCGACAAUGUCACGAUUGGCGCCGGAGCAAUCGUUCACGCUUGCACCAUCGAAGAUUUGGUUGUGGUUGGUGAAUCCGCCCAGGUCAUGGACGGUGCCACUGUUGGUACCAAUUCCGUCGUAGCUGCGGCCUCAAUUGUCACUGCCGGAACAAAGAUUCCCAGCGGCGAAUUAUGGUCUGGAGCUCCGGCAAAAAAAGAACGUGCGUUGACGUCCGAAGAGAUUGCGGAGAUCUCGGAAUCGGCACACGACACUCUCGAGUUGGCAUACCUACACGCUGUAGAGAACUCGAAGGAUUACAAACAGUUAGUGGAAGAAGAAGAAGAUAGACUGGACAGAAAGCUGCGCAAGAAUGCCUGGUUCGAUCCUAAUAUUCCAGAUCCCGAUGAUGUUCUUGGACAAGGUGUACCUGGACGAAUCUUCAACUCGACUUUGACAAAUCCAGAGGAAGGGUUAAAAAUGCAUGCCGAACGAAAGGCGAAGUCCUGAACAAGCUAUAAAGAAAAAGUAGGAGAGACCGCCAAAUAUUUUAUUGGAAUAAAAUCGGCGGAAAGUAGCGAAGUAUGUUUUCAAUAUCAGCCGUGUCCGAUACCUUGUAGCUCUACUAUUAGCAUCUUUGGGAAGAGAAGGCAUCUGUUCUUUCGAAGAAAAAUUUGUUGGACAAAUCGAAUAACCGCACAAAACCCUU